AUGUGGCUGAAAAGCCUAAACGAAUCCACCGAUCUUGUGUUCACGCAAAUCAACGCAUCACCAGUCGAUACCAACUCGCUUCAAAUGGCAUUCGAGCAACUCACCGUCGAUCUAGAAGAGGUAGAAAAUUGCCGUGUUACUUCUACUAGAAGUAAAGAUAAACCAACUUAUAAUUUCGCUGAUGCUAUGCCGUCGAUAAUUCGAGCUAAACGAGUAAUUCCAACAGUUAAACGAAUCUUGAUGGAUGCUGGACGAUCAACUGGCGAUACCAAACCGCCAAAAUCAUCUAACGAUUAUUCUCGACGCAUACCUGAAAUGGAAAUCACCCCCUUUUCCGGUGAUAUAACACUGUACUCCAGUUUCAUUAAAUCAUUCCACUUGAAAUACGACGAACUCCCGAUUCCGAAGUCAGAAAAGUUACAACAUCUAAAAAGGCACUGUUUAGGUGAACCGCUUAAAAUUAUCGAAACUCUCGACCUAACGGAUAGCAAUUAUGAUCUCGCCCUCAACGAAUUAGAAAUACAAUAUCACGACAAAGAAGAAGUUAUCGGCGCACUCUAUGCUAAAUUAGAAAACUUACCGAAAGCUACAAACACAAAUGCAAGUUUACGUUCAACUUACUACGACAUCGAAGGUUUGCUCACAGCUCUCGAAUCCCAUGGUCAAAAUCUCGAUCUGUUCCCACCAUUGAAAGAUAAAAUUUAUUUCAAAUAUCCGGCAUGGUUAGUUCAUCAGGUUUGCGGAAAGACCAAACCAACGAUUAAAGAUUUCCAGAGAGAAAUCGGAUUACACGUAAAACUACGUUGUGGGCUUCAGGCAGCUGCAACUGCGCAGGGUUUGUCUCCAUCAACAAAACCGCACUCAACUACCGCAGCUUUAGUUACUUUGAACGCAACAUCGAAAGCGUACAAUAAUAAAAACACUGAAAAAACGGAAAAACCGAAGUCGCCACUGUAUUGUGUAUAUUGCAAUCAACAGCAUUACUCGGCCGAAUGCACCGUACAUACCACAGUCACAGCACGUCGAUCUUUAUUAAAAAAUCGCUGUCAUCUUUGCCUGAAUAAAAAUCACACGAAGGCGCAAUGUAAUCGCAAUACAACGUGUUGUUACGCGAUCAUAUAG